UGUUGUUGUGUGUGGACAGUAGGGACCAAUAACAUCAGGUUCCAGGACCUCUGACCCUUGUGGUCAAGUCCAUUACUGGACCCACACCAAAAAGCUCUUCCCUGCAGUGGUUUUCUCCAGAGCUUCCAGAGUCACCAUCAUAUACAUCUUGAGGAGGCUCAUCAGUGUGCCCGGCCAGUAAGGACCUUGCCCAUCAGGUCCUAGGACCUCUGGCCCUCUGGGCCAUGUCCAUUACUGGCCACCCACCUAUUGGAGACCCCUUGCAGGAGGAGACUUCCACAAGCCUCCGAAGUCAUUCCCCCUAUCCGUAACGGACGCACACCCCUUCCCUGGUUAGCAGCCACUUAACAUUGCUCCUACGACGACCACUGGUAUCCCUGACCAGUAGGGACCUAGGAUAUCAGGUCCCAGGACCGCUGACCCUCUGGGUCAGGUCCACGUGGACCUCCCCACACCCAUUGGAGCUCCUCUGCCGGAGAAUUCUCCAAGCCUCCCAAAUUACUCCCCCUAUUUCUUGAGGAGGCUCAUCGGUGUGCCCAGCCAGCAAGGACCCUAGGCCGUCAGGUCCUAGGACCCCUGACCCUCUGGGUCAGGUCCAUUAGUGGCCCCCCACCCAUUGGAGCUCCCUUGCAGGAGGAGACUUCUACAAGCCUCCCAAGUUAUUCCCCUAUUUCUUGAGGAGGCUGAUUGGUGUAACGAGUCAGUAAGGACCUCGGUGUUCAGGUCUCAGGACCUCUGACCCUCUGGGUCAAGUGCAUUACUCUCUCUCAUACCUAUUGGCAUUUCCCCGCAGCAGGAGACUUCUCCAAGCUUCUCACGCUAGUCCCCCUAUUUCCAGAGGAGGCUUAUUGGUGUGGUCAAUCUAUAGGGACCAAGAUCACCAGGUCUCAAGACCUCUGACCCCAGGGGUCAAAUCUCCUCCCCAGUUGAGGAGAAUUCCUUGUCUCCUCAUUACUUCUAAUUCUUGAGGAGACUCAUUGGUGAGGUCAGCCCUUAGGUCUAACACCUUCAGGCCCCAAGACCUCUGACCCUCAGGGUCAAAUCUAUUGCCAGCCUCCAACCAGUUGAAUCUCCACAGUUGAGGAGAUUUCCUCAACUCCCCUACUUUACUUCUUCUAAUUCUUGAGGGUUGAAAAAUGACCAUAGUUGACAAAACUGAACCUUCAGACCCAUCAACCUGUCAGAACCAGCCUGGCAGUUCUGAGGCGGUCUCACCUGAAGACAUGGACACAGGCUCUGCCAGCUGGGGUGCCGUGUCUUCAAUAAGUGAUGUUUCAAAUCAUACACUUUCUUUAGGGCCAGUGCCUGGUGCUGUAGUUUAUUCCAAUUCAUCUGUACCUGAUAAAUCAAAACCAUCACCCCCAAAGGAUCAAGUCCUAGGUGAUGGUAUUGCUCCUCCUCAAAAGGUUCUGUUUCCAUCUGAAAAGAUUUGUCUUAAGUGGCAACAAUCUCAUCGAGUUGGCGCUGGACUCCAGAAUUUGGGCAAUACCUGUUUCGCCAAUGCUGCAUUGCAGUGUCUGACCUACACACCACCCCUCGCCAAUUACAUGUUAUCCCAUGAGCACUCCAAGACAUGCCACGCAGAAGGAUUUUGUAUGAUGUGCAUAAUGCAAACACACAUUACCCAGGCACUCAGCAACCCUGGGGACGUUAUCAAGCCGAUGUUUGUCAUCAAUGAAAUGCGACGUAUAGCUAGACACUUCCGUUUUGGAAACCAAGAAGAUGCCCAUGAGUUUCUUCAGUACACAGUUGAUGCCAUGCAGAAAGCGUGUUUAAACGGCAGCAAUAAAUUGGACAGACACACCCAAGCUACCACCCUAGUCUGCCAGAUAUUUGGAGGAUACCUAAGAUCGCGAGUCAAAUGUUUAAAUUGCAAGGGUGUUUCAGAUACCUUUGAUCCAUAUCUGGACAUAACAUUGGAGAUUAAGGCUGCUCAGAGUGUUACCAAGGCAUUGGAGCAGUUUGUGAAGCCAGAACAAUUGGAUGGAGAAAACUCCUACAAAUGCAGCAAGUGCAAAAAAAUGGUUCCAGCUUCAAAGAGAUUCACCAUCCAUAGGUCCUCCAAUGUCCUCACCAUUUCACUGAAGCGCUUUGCCAACUUCACUGGUGGGAAAAUCGCUAAGGAUGUAAAAUAUCCUGAGUACCUUGAUAUUCGGCCCUAUAUGUCUCAGCCAAAUGGAGAGCCAAUUAUUUAUGUUUUGUAUGCUGUGCUGGUGCACACUGGUUUUAACUGUCAUGCUGGCCACUACUUUUGCUACAUAAAGGCUAGCAAUGGCCUCUGGUAUCAGAUGAAUGACUCCAUCGUGUCCACCAGUGAUAUUAGAUCGGUGCUUAACCAGCAAGCUUAUGUGCUCUUUUAUAUCAGGUCACAUGAUGUGAAAAACGGAGGGGAACCUGCUCAUCCCACCCAUAGUCCUGGCCAGUCCUCUCCCCGUCCAGGAAUUAGUCAGCGGGUCGUCAACAACAAGCAGGCAGCACCAGGGUUUAUUGGACCCCAGCUACCUUCCCAUGUCAUGAAGACUACACCACACUUGAAUGGCACCACACCAGUGAAAGACACGCCAAGUAGUUCCAUGUCAAGCCCUAACGGAAACACCAGUGUCAAUAGGGCCAGUCCUGUUAAUGCCUCGACUUCUGCGCAAAACUGGUCUGUCAGCAGGCCCUCAGUUGUUCCAGAGCACCCCAAGAAACAAAAAAUUACCAUCAGUAUUCACAACAAGUUGCCUGUUCGCCAGGGUCAGGCACAGCUGAAUAACAACCUCCAUGGCCCUUCGCUAGAGGCCCCUAGCAAGGCAACACCCUCUUGCACCAUCACUAACCCUUCUGCAAUACAGUCUACCUCGAACGCAUCCAUGGCAUCUGUCUCCAAUAAAGUAGCAAAAGCAGUUUCCCCCAGUGAACCCUGUUCUAAGCCCAUGGUGAACGGCAAGGCUAAGGUGAGCUCCAGUGUGCUGGUCCCCUAUGGGGCUGAGUCCUCAGAAGAGUCCGAUGAGGAGUCGAAGGGUCUGGCCAAGGAGAAUGGUGUCGACGUGAUGGCUAGCACUCCCUGUGCCAGACCAGAAGCUAAAGACGAGGACGGUGAGGCUUCCCCUCAUGAGCUACAAGAAUCCGUCACGCUAAAUGGUGCUAAUAGCGCAGGCAGUGACUUGAGAGAGAACGGCCUAGCAUUUGACAGUGCCAGCUGUCAGGUCCAGCCCAAUAUACACACAGAAAACCUCUUUUCCAAACUUAAUGGUCUUCCUGGAAAGGUGACACCCGCUCCUUUACAGUCUGCUCCUGAAGACAAAGUCCUCGAGGCCUUCAAGCUUACCAGCCAGGCAAAGAGCCCAUCGGGUGAAGAGAGUUGGACUACAACAGAGGAAAGCCCCCCGAAGGACCCUGUUUCACAGCUGGAGCCCAUCACUGAUGAGAAUGGUUCUCUUGAGACACCAGAGGCAGUUAGCAAUGGGAGCAUGAAGACCCCUACAACCAUGUCACCCCUGGAGCCCACCAUCAGCUGUACCAAAGAAGACUCCUCUGUUGUCUCAGCUGUCUCAGCUAACCCUGUGGAGGUUCUGCCCUCCGUCACUGCUCCUUGUAACACCACCGGUACUACCUUGGGGGAUACCCCACUGCCCGAAUUGUGUGACCCUGAAGACUUGACGAACAACCCGAGCCAGCCACCCCAAGCAGUGAAAGGGGAAAUAGCUGAGAACCCGCAGGACUCCACUUUGGCUGAAGCGGUGGAGAGACUGAGUCCGGCUCCCUCAGAACUCACAGGUGAGGGCUGUGAGCAGAAACUCUUCCUUUACCUCAGCACAGAGGGGUCCGAGGAGGCCGAAGAUUCAUCUAGAAGCUCGGGGGUCUCUGCAGACACAAUUCCCCCUCCUCAGCCUGACUGGACCACCAGCUCUUGUGAAGGGGCUGCUGAGCAGGUUCCUGGGGAGAGAGGUGAUGGAAGCAAGGUGGGACCCAAAGUUCAGGAGCCUUCCCCAGCCAAGGAAAAGGUGAGCAGCCUCCGGAAAGUGGAUCGAGGACAUUAUCGAAGCCGGAGAGAGCGUUCCUCCAGUGGGGAGCAUGUGAGGGACUUCAGGGCCCGGAGAGAGCGUUCCUCCAGCGGGGAGCAUGUAAGGGACUGCAGGGUCCGGACGGAGGACCACCACCACAAGAAGCGACGCUGCUACAGUCGAGAGCGGCCCAAGCAGGAGCGCCACCCUGCUAAUAUAUACUGCAAUGGGGGCCAACACCUGGGCCAUGGUGACAGAGACAGCCCUGAGCACCGCUCCCUAAGCAGAUACAGCCACCAUCACUCACGGGUUAGGAAUGGCCCAGAGCAAGACUGGAGCCGGUACCACCAUUCGGAAAAUGAGCAUGCCUGGGUCAGGGAGAGAUUCUACCCAGACAAGAUGAGGUGGGACAAAUGCAGGUAUUAUCACGACAGGUACAACCCAUACACGGCCCGAGAGUGGCGGCCUCUGCGUAGUCGUGAUCAUGAACGCAGUGCUCAGCUUGGGCGACCACACAAAGACAGCUACUGGGGCCGGAAGGGCUGGGAGUCGCAACCUCGGGGGAAGGACCGGCCCCACUUUCAUAGCCCACGAGAGGCUUCAGGCCUUGCUCUGUCCAUGGAGAGGCAUCCCCAAGAGAAGGGCAUGCUGGCUGUGCAGGACAGCAACCACAGCUUCCCUGAUCGCUUUCACGAACAUGAAAGUGUCAAGUCAAGGAAACGGAGGUAUGAAACUACGGAAAAUGAUAGCCGCCUAGAAAAAAAAGCCCACAAAAAUCUGGAGAAGGACGCUUUAGAAGAGCCAAGGGCGAAGAAGCACAAAAAAUCUAAGAAGAAAAAGAAGUCCAAAGAUAAACACCGGGAUCGAGAUGCCAGGCAUCAGCAAGAAUCCGAUUUUUCGGGAGCAUACUCCGAUGCUGACCUCCAUAGACAUCGGAAGAAGAAGAAGAAAAAGAAAAGACAUUCGAGGAAGUCGGAGGACUUUAUGAAAGAUGUUGAGAUGCAUUUACCGAAGCCCUUGAGCUAUGAGGCUGUCGGCCAUUUCCGGAGAACGGAGGGCACCUUCCUGCUGGCUGAUGGCCUGCCUCUGGAAGACAGUGGCUCUUUCCGGGAGAAAUCUAAGCAUUUAAGGAUGGAAAGCCGGCCUGACAGAUGUCAUCUGUCAGAGUAUGGCCAGGGUAAGAAGACUGGGAAUUAAGGACACAGCUCUUUGAGUAACGUGUUUGGGAAAGGUAAUGAACACAGAAAUGUAAGGGGGGCACAGAAUGUUAUGAGAGUUGACUCAAGGUGCCCCACAACAAGAUCCUCCCUAUGAACAGAGGUGUGGUGUAACCUCUGGCUGGCUGUCACCUCUGUUGAAGGCCUGAGUUGCAUGGAGCUGGGCCCAGUGUAACCUGUGUGCUCAUACUCCUGGAACUUAGAGCGUCUGUAUGUGUCAUACAGUAGAGCUUUGGCUUUUAAAGUAUUCUAUGCUUGUGUAUGUUUGUGUGCGCCUACUUGUACAUCUGUGUGUAUUGUGUUAACUUUUGAACCCUUGAAGGCCCUAGUGUACUCCAGUUGCUAAGUCAUAACUCAGUGUGGUCUCUAGAGACAUGUCUUUCUUGUGGGGCUCUGGCACCCUCCAGGCUGCUGUUCUCUGAGGUGAUUCUCGCUGGAUCCUUCUUGAGUAGUUCAGGGUGAGUUCCACCUCCCCGACCUGAGUGCCAGUGUGCGUGGAUGCCCCCUUCUCUUCCUACCAUUUUUAAUGAGCUUUUUCUUUAGAUAGCAUUUGUCUAGUAAAAAAACGUAUGGGAUAUGAAUGUCAGUGGGGCCAGAGCAGAGGCUGGAAAACUGUAGCCCUGUGGCUACAGCUAACCUGCAAUUCAGAAUGACUCUCACAAGUACUGAGUAGUAGUAUUUGUUCAAGUGAAGCACUGUGUGGAAUCAGGUUUUGGUUCAGUAGACUUUGGCUGAAGUCCAUGUGUUUUGUGUUGUACUGUUUUGAACCACUUAGUAGAGGUAAGUCAUGGCCUGUUCCAUUGAAAUGAUUUUCAUCAUCUGGCCCUUGAUAUAAAAAGCUUGUCAUUUCUGCCCGACACCCAAAGAUCAUGGUCAUGAAUAAAAGGCAUGUGUGUUGCUACAGAUGUGUUGGUGGCCCUGAGUGGAACCUUUUGCUCUUUGGCAGUCCACACAUACACUGUAUCAGGUUGUCUCAAACUGGUGACUUGUUUGCAGCUACUCGGCACUCACACUUCCCUUCUUCCCACCACUGACCCUUUCUCGUAAACUCCAGUUCUUCCUCCAGCUCUCUGAGCUGAAAUCUGUUCAUCCUCACGAAAGAAUAAGAAUGUGCAGCUGUAUGCUGGGGCAGAGACCUGGUCCUCAGGCGUGGCUCUUGAGCAUCCUCUGUUGGAGUUCUUUGUAGCACUGCCAAGCUAGUGUCUGCUUGCUCAUCCUGUAAGAGUGACUUUUCCUGCAGCUGACAUCAAACUGCAGGACUGAUUAUAAUCAAGUCUUCAGGUACACACAUAUUAAAUUGUUUCCUCAC